AUGCGGCCUUCCAAUAUCAUCGAGCUUCUUGUGCUUCGGACCUGGAACCCAUCGCUUUCCUGGCCACCAGAUAAGCCAAAUUUCCUUCGACAACUUGGUCUCUUCGACACAUGGGAAGGUAUCUGUCUGGUAGACGAUGUACAGUUUCCUUAUGACACAUAUAUUCCUCCCUAUUUUGUCGAAAAUGAUGUACUUGGGAGACUCAAACAGUGUGGAUCGAGUUCCGAUAUUAUCGAAGCAUGGAAGGUAUACCGAGAUGAAGCAUGGAUAAAGGAUGCCAGAGGUAAGGUUCUGUAUUGGAGUGAAGAUCAAGGCUGGAUUAUCAAGCGCAUCAUGACUACGCUAGGGGAAAUCAGGGGUGAGUGA